AUGACAUUAUGUUGUAUCGAAACAGAUGACACUGUUUGUCAAACAUUGCCUUGUUUACCCUCUCUAAUCAAAUGGAAUAUAAUAACAACGAGAGAUGAUAAUAACAACAACAUCCAACAACCAGUGAAAGAAGAGCCAUCGGCUCUUGAUGAAGAUGUUAGACGUUUGAUGUCGGCUCUUGGUCUGAAAUCAAAGCAACGACAGAAACUAAUAGAAACUUCGUCAAAAGCACUCAUACGAGUCCCAUUACCUAUCAUUCCGUUCAAACGUCGAACUCAAAAAGGACUUGCACAUGGAAUAAAUCAAGUGAAACCUCUAUGCCUUUUGAGUUUGAGAAAAUAUGAUGUUCGAGAACCAAUUCAGUUUGUUGUAACGGAUUUGAAAAAAAUAUCCGUUGUGAAGCAUUAUGAAAACUAUUGCGUCACUGACACCUUAAAAAUACCUAACAAGCAAACAAAAAGAUCGGUACAAAAGAAUUCAAGCAUGUCGCUUUGUCCUCCACAACGUCAAGAUGUUCUAAGAUCUAAACAUAGAAAAGAUGUUGGAUUGAAGAAACGUCUACAAAGUCGCCCAGUUUCAGAAAAUAUCACAUUAAGAGAAUGUAAAAUUGUCUUGCAAAGAUUAAACAGAAGUUAUGUUGAAGAUAUAAUACAAAUGCAACAGGCUGAAUCUAAACUAAAAUCUUCACCUAUGAUAAAAUCGAAAACAGCAGUAACUACAAUACUAAAAGUGAAAAAGCUUCGAUCUAGAAAGAAGAAAUGUCAUAUCAAACGAUCACCUUCACCUUCGAAUGAAAAUAAACCACAAUUAACACUAUCAACGAUCAAACGAAAAGCGCUCCCAUUCAAAUCACCAUGUGAUCUUACUGAAUUAACAAAUUCUAACACAACAAAACGUCAGAAAACGAUUACUGUAAACAACAGUGAUUACCUGACUGAGAAUGUGACCAAAGUUCCGUUGCUGCAAACAGUACAUCCAUUCAAAUUCGACAGUAUCUGUCUGAAAUGUUUCAUUUGUAACAUUCGACAAGUUCUUUCGUUUGGUACUCUAACGUACGAUCUUCAUUCACAUUGGCAACUACACAAAAAGUUGAAUGUCACAUAUAAUAUCUACGAUACAGUUAUGGACAAGAAAUGCUUUCGGAUGGUAGAAUAUUUCAUACCACCGCAGCAUCCUGCAAUGGAAGGGAGACCAUUGGACAUUUUCGUUACUCACGGCAAAGAGCUACAACAAGAACAAGUAGUGAUCAUUAGUGACGAUGAAAAUGAGGACGUUAUUUGUCUCGACUAA